AUGGGAAGGUUUGUGGCUGACCUGUUUCUCCUCCUGCUGAUUUCCACUGGACACGUCUAUGGAGUUUCGUUCUACGGCGACGGCUACAUCCACCUGCGGACGGUGGAGACGUCCACUCAGACCUUAAUCCACGUACGGUUUCGAACCUCUAAUCCAUCAGGGCUGCUGUUUCUGGCAGCAGGACGCAGAGACUUCUCGCUCCUGGAGCUGAUCUCUGGGCGCCUGCAGGUACGUCUGGACCUGGGCUCAGGUGAGCGUUCGCUGCGCUCAGAAAAGGGCAUCCACCUCAGUGAUCUGGCAUGGCACACUGUGGAGCUGACCCACAACCGCCAUAACAUCACUCUGACUGUGGACAGAAACUCUCACACCAGCCUCCGGAUGCCAGGGCCGGAUCUGGAGCUCAGGGUGGAGGACGGACUCGUUGUUGGCGGGACAGCUGGACUGAAACAUCCCUACCUCCUUAACAUCUCCACUGGGUUUAGGGGCUGCAUAGAUGAAGCUGUCUUCAAUGAGCAUAACCUUCUGGCCAGCCUCAGGCCUUAUUCUGGGUACAAGAGCGUCCAUGAGGUGUCUCUGGGCUGCAGUCCACAGUUUUCUGCUACAGAGGAAGACACUGUGAGUUUUUUCAGCUCCAAAGCCUUCAUUUCUCUCCCACCGUGGGAGGUGCUUCAGGAGGGGGUGUUUGAGUGUGAAAUGCACCCUUCAGGCAAAGAAGAAGAUGGCUUGGUCCUGUUCAGCUCUGGCAGCCAGGGAGGGUUUGUUGCCAUUGAGAUCAGAGAUGGUCACCUGGUGGCAACGGUGGGAAAUGCAGAGGGCAGUAAAACUGAGCUGCAUUCUCUAACCUACGUCCACAGCAACCAAACUUGGUACCCCAUCCAGCUGCAUUUGCUGCCUCACAGCGCCCAGCUGAAGGUCGGCAAGGAGCUGGUGAGGGCCAGCCUGAGUCAAGAGCUUCAGGUCAUCCAGCUCAAAGGACCUCUCUUCUUAGGAGGGCUGAACGAAGACGCUCGUGGAGAAGUGAGACGAGCUCGAUUGCCUUCUGUUCCACCUGCAGGAGGCGGCUCCUUCAAAGGCUGCCUCCGAAACAUUAUGGUGAACACUCAGAAAACAGGCCUGCCUCAUGCCACGGUGACCAAGGACAUCACUGUGGGCUGUGGGUCAGGAAGAGCUCCACAGACAGUGACUAUCACCAGCCCGACAUACGCUCCAGAGUUUGAUGCUACAACCACGCAGCCUGUCACCAGCAGCAAGAGGAACCCAAACUUCUUGUUGCUGAGAAAGCUGGAGGUAUCUGAGGGAGGCCGGGCACCGCUGGAACCCAAACACAUCAAGGUCAAUUUGGAUUUCCGUAAACUGGGCAUCCAUCCAUCCCAGCUGAAGUUCCGCGUCGAGGAGCAGCCUGUUCACGGCCAGCUCCGGCUGGACAUCAGUCCAGACCCUGACGGGACACUGGACAUGGUACAGGAGAGGACGAUUACAGUAGAAACAGAGGAGAAGGACCGGACCUUCAGCAUGCUGGACCUGUGGCAGGGCCGGGUGAUGUACGUUCACGGUGGUUCAGAGGACCAGAACGACUUCUUCACAUUUUCAGUCUUCUCCACCAAUAAGAGGGAGCUUCCUGUGUUUCUGAGGGGAAACCGCCUGCACAGGUUUGAGAUCAGCAUCAGUCCCGUUAAUGAUGCGCCCGUCCUCAGUCUGCCGGGGGGAAACCUGUUCACACUGCUGGAGAAGUCCAAACGACCGCUGACUACAGAUGUGCUGAGAGUGUCCGACCCUGACAGCGGUCCUGAGGAGCUGGUUUUCAGCUCCCUGGGAAACCUGAACACUGAGGCCGGAUACCUUGAGCAUCAGGAUUACCCCGGCAGGGCCAUCAACUUGUUCUCCUUAAACGAUCUGGAGGAGGGUAAGAUCAGUUUUGUCCACACGGGGGUCUCCACCUCCAGGCUGGCGCUCAGGGUCAGCGACGGGCUGAAGGUGAGCAACACAGUCGUUCUGAGGAUCAUGACGGUGGCGCUCGAACACAAACUGGUGAACAAUACCGGCGUGGAGGUGAACCAAGGCGAGGCUUCCAUCAUCAACGCCAGCCACCUUGCAGUAGAAGUGAAUGUGGCCGAUCAGGCAGCAGAGAUCUGGUAUGAAGUCACGGAGCUGCCACAGUACGGCGAGCUCCAGAGGUUGCACUCGAGUGGCGAGUGGAAACUGACGACCUCGUUCUCUCAGAAGCUUCUUGAGAAAGAGCGGAUCCGGUACCUCAGCACCUUCUACGGCCUUCAGGCUCAGAGCAACGUCACUGACUACUUCAAAUGUAACAUCAACAUCGGCUCUGUGGCCAAAGAGGAGGUUGUUUUCCCCAUCGUAGUACGCUGGAUUCACUUCAAGGUCACGCGAAGCAAAAUGGAGAUCAACGGCGUUCAGACUGCUGUUGUGACUCCUGAGGAGCUCAACGUGAUUUCUAAGGGCGUUAAACUCAAUGAAAGCGAUCUCCACUUCAGACUCGUGACGGUGCCAAAGAAAGGCCAGAUGUUCCUCGACAGCGAAGUUCUGCAAAGGAACUCCACCUUCAGCCAGAAGAACAUCACAGAUGGUUUGGUGGUUUAUAAGCUUCUGACCAGACUGCAGGACGACACCAGAGACACCUUCAGCUUCCGUGUGUUUUCAGCGCACGCCAACUCAACGGUUUACGACUUCAGGAUCAACAUCAAAGCCGAGUCGACGGCCGUCACCGUUGUAAAUAAAGGCCUUUCAAUCGUGGAAGGAGGGAGCAAAGUGAUCACGAAAGACAUCCUGUUCACUCACACGGCCAGCAACCGGGAGGUCCACUACAACAUCACAGUGAGCCCGAAGCACGGGCAGAUACGGAGGAUCAACUUCUCCAACUCAACUUCCAUAAACGACAACAUCGGGACGUUCACAAAUCAGGACAUCACUGAGGAGAGGAUCAUGUACGUUCACGACGACAGUGAGACCAAGCAGGAUUCCUUCGCGUUUCAGAUUGUGGUUUACAAGCCGCACAAACACACGAACAAGAAGGAGGACAGGAACACGGCGGAACACACCUUUAACAUCUCCGUCCAGCUCGUCAACGAUCAGAGGCCUGUCAGGGUUGUCGAUAAAGUUUUCCACGUGGCCCGCGACGGCCAGAGGCUGGUGACGUUAAAUGAUCUUCGCUUCCAGGACGACGACUCGGACUUUGAGGACAGCUGGUUGGUCUACACGAGGAGGGGGAUUCCACUGGGAGAGCUGGUGCUGGCCAGCGAUCCCAACCACAAGCUGUACGAGUUCACGCAGCGCGACAUCGAGCAGAAAAAAGUCUUGUUCGUCCACAGCGGAGUGAGUUUUGGGCGUUUCGUGCUUUUCGUAUCAGAUGGGAAACAUUACGUCUCAACGCUGCUGGAGGUGAUGGCCCAGGAUCCUUACCUGCAGGUGGAGAACAGCACAGGUCUGAUGGUCCAGCGAGGCGGGAUCACGACCCUGACCUCCGCCAACCUCAGCGUCUUCAGCAACCUCGACAUCCGCGACCCGCAGGAAGUGACGUUCGAGGUCUUCCUUCCACCCAAACACGGCGUGCUCUGCUUCAACGAAGGCCAGAGCGAGACUGUGACAAAAGCAGAUGCGAUUUCCAUAUUCACCCAGCGAGACUUGGUGGUGGGACGCCUGGCGUAUCACCACGACGGCAGCCACGAGCUGCUGGACGGCUUCAACGUGACGGCAAGGGCGAGAGAGAGGAGCACAGAGAGGCGAGUGGACAGAGGGAGGAGAGAGGUGCAUCUGGACAUCGGCGUGACGGUAAAAAUAUACCUGGAGAGUCACCAGAGGCCGCCGACCGUCGUAAACAACCGUCCAGUGGUGGUGGCCGAAGGACAGAAUGCGUCUGUAAGCAGAGAACAUUUAGAGGUGGUCCAUGAGGACAGCCAGCCCUCAGAGAUAGUUUUUACUGUCCAAAGUCCUCCUACGUUGGGCAUCAUUGAGAGAUUAUCCACUAAUAACCAGCUCCAGAACAUCAACGGAGACCUCCAGCAGCACCUCCAUAAGGGUACCAGAGGGCAGUCAACAACUUCCUUUACCCAGGAAGAUCUCAACCAGGGACUGAUCAUCUACCUUCAGCAGGCUGCAGGAAGCACCAAUGACUCGGUUCUGUUGGAAGCAACCAAUGGGGUGACAAAGGUCGGACCUAUCAGGCUGGAGAUGGACAUCAUCCCAAUCCUUCUCCCUCUACAGGUGUCUGUCUUGACCCUGGAUGAGGGCUCCUCCCUGCCGCUGACCCCAGACAUCAUCAAAGUUGCCAAUCAUCACUUCUCAGCGAUGAACUUCUUGUACCAGGUCAUCGUUCCACCGCGAUAUGGACACUUGGAGCACAGCCGGAUCCCGGGGAUGCCCAUCACCGCUUUCACACACACUGAGGUUGAACGCGAGUACAUCUCCUACAUACACGAUGGCAGCGACACGCCAAGAGACAACUUCACCAUUGUGGCCAAUCAGACUGAAAUCAGGAAGCACAGUUUGCCCUGCACCGUCCAGAUCCACAUCACACCCGUCAACGAUGAGACUCCUGUUGUCACAACCAACCACGGCCUGAAGGUGUGGGUGGGUGCGGUGACAGAAAUAACCACCGAUGAUCUGAGCGCUGAGGACACCGACACUCCACCCGAGGGGCUGGAGUUCGUCGUCACACCACCCAGCAAUGGCCACUUGGCACUGAAGAGCGCCCCAUCUAGACACAUCCUGAACUUCACCCAGAACCACAUACAGAGCAGGCAGCUGGUGUUCGUGCACAGUGGUGCACUCUUGGGUGGCUUUCACUUCCAGGUGAAUGACGGCGUGAACUUUGCUUCUCGCCAAAUCUUCAGCACAACUGCCCAGUCUCUGGUCCUCACCCUGCAGAGAAACCACCCCAUGGAGGUCUACCCAGGUUCUGUGACACCAAUCACAGAGCAAGAGCUUCAGGUGGUGACCAACAACAUCAGUGACUUCAGGAGAAACCAGUCUGUGGUCUUUGCAGUGACUGCUCCUCCUAAACUGGGCCGCCUGGUCCGACGUAUGGCCGACAACUCUACAAGGAACGUUUUCACGUUCACACAGAGCAUGGUGAACGACGGCGUUCUCCUGUAUGAUCAGAACAAGCCAGAGUCGGUGGGAUGGUCGGCUACAGACUCUUUUUCUUUCACCGUGUCUUCCCCUCCUGCUUUUCUUCCCCCGCACACCUUCAGCAUCUUAAUCUCCUACCAAGCCAACGAGCAUCAUGACAACCCUCAACACAAGACCCGACUCCUCAACAAUGCAGGUGCGGUGGUGGCCGAGGGAGGCAGGGUGAUGAUUGACAGAACGAAGCUCGAUGCCACGAAUCUCCUGGGAAAAGUCCCGGAGACCCAACGGAAAGACCACCACAUAAUGUACCGCGUGAUUUCUCUGCCUCGCCACGGGGCGCUGUCCAUAAGAGGACAUAACCUCACCAGGAACCAACCAGACUUCUCUCAGGUCACCCUGAACAAGUUCGGCAUCACAUACGUCCACGAUGACUCGGAGACGACCAACGACAGCUUCACGUUCCGGGCCUGGGUGGCUCCUUUGGAUCUCUCCUCCUCGUCCUCCUCAUCAUCCUUGUCUGCUUUUUCCUCAGACUCCUCCUCCUCUGUCACCUCCUUUUCGCCUCUCUAUUCAGCCUCAUCGUCCUCCUUUUCAUCGUUAGACACGGUUUCUCACCGCCGCGCCAAAGACAACAUGGCGGUGACGGAGAUGUUCAACAUCACGGUGACGCCGGUCAAUGACCAGCCGCCUCUGAUCAGGAGCAGAUCCCCCAGCAUGAAGGUCGUAGUGGGAGAGAGAGUCGUGCUCGGACCCAACAACCUUCAGGUUGAGGACCAUGAUACGCCUCCAGAGGAGCUGCACUACCUGGUGAUCAGUAAGCCCAACAACGGCUACCUGACUCUGGGGGAGAGACCGGAGCCGGUGACCUCCUUCACCCAAUACGACAUCAACCACGGCCGGCUGCACUUUAUACAGAAGGGUGAGCCCUCGACAGGAGUUUUCUACUUCAACGUAACCGACGGUCACCACCGCCCGCUCUACAAGCUGUUCAGUUUGGAGGUGAUCAAGCCGUCGGUGUUCAUGGUGAACAACACCGGCCUGUCGCUGCGCCAAGGCCGCACCGCCGUGGUUCUAACAACCAAACAGCUCGCAGCUCAAACCAACGGCCAGGGUCAGGCCGACAUCUCCUACACGGUCACCAGUCACCCUCGCCACGGACGCAUCGCUAUCAACGACCAGGAGGUCACCACCUUCCGCCACGAGGACCUCCAGUUCGGGCGCGUCGUCUAUCACAUGACCGAGCUCAGCGAAUCGGAGGACAGCUUCCAGAUUUCAGUAUCAGCCUCGUCUCCGGGUGUCGACUACGGAAAUGUGACGGCGCAGACGGUGAAGGUGACUGUGCGACCUCUGAUCUACCUGAGAGAGACGAUUCGAGUUCCCAGUGGCGUCCCUGUGAAACUGGGGAAAGCCAUGAUCGAUGCCUCCGAACUCGCCAGGAUCAGUCGAGCUGAUCCCGUGUUUGAGGUUCUGUCUCCACCAAAACAUGGCAAACUAGUCAAGAUGACCUACGACCCUAAACGAGGAUCAGAGGUCCUGAAGUCGUUCACGUUCAGAGAUGUGAUGCAAGGCCGAGUCGCCAUCGAGGAGACUCUCAGCGACAGCCAACUCAACAACAACGAAUCCAGAACAGCCCGAGGCCACGCUCCCGCCACGCCCCUCAACGAUUCCUUCAUCUUCCUGCUGAAGGCUGGAACCGUUCAGCCGGCGAAGGGCGAGCUUCACUUCACCAUCCUACCCCACCACCAGAUGCGUCACGGCACAGGCGGUUUCAAUAAAGGAGACGGCGGAAGUCACGAUCGCACGACAACCCACCAGCCUAACCACAACAGGACACAGCACAAGCCGAGGCCUCACAGCCGCUGGGGGAACCACACUCGCAGUGGGAGUCACGGAGGAAGAUCCGGCAGCAGCGCAGAAGGAGCGGCGGGAGGAGGCGGCCACGGUCACGCCCCACAUCCCCACGCUCCUGUCGAAGAGAAACACAACCCGAUGAACCCUCCCGACAUCCAACCGGUUCACGUCGAGGUUCUCCCUCGCCCCGCCUCCGACCCCCUCCUCAUCAUCCUGCCGCUGCUGGCCUGUUUGCUCCUCAUUGUGAUCCUCGUAGUUUUGAUUCUGGUGUUCCGCCACCGCAAGGAGAAACAAGCCCGGCUGCGGUUCAUGCAAGAGCUCGCCGCGGUGCCGUUACCCCCCGAGGAAAGCCCUUAUCUGGGCCGGUCGGAGCGCAGCGUGGCCAUGCCCUCUGUGGUGGUCACCCCGCUCGGCUCUGCAAGCUGUCCGACCUCCCCCAGGAUCCCCAUGAGCCCCAGGAGGAGUCUGGCCCCUGGGAUGACCUUCUGGGGACCUUUUGAAUCCACUCUAGCAGGCGGCGAUGGGAAUAUUAGGGUCUGUAACAGCAGUGGAAGAGAUAACAUAACUUCUAGUCCUGCACUCCCGGCUGUUCCUGCAGGAUUCAAGACCUCUGUGAGAUCUCGGUCACCGACUCUCAAAGACAACCAGUACUGGGUCUGA